AUGAGCCACUUGCAGAACUUAUUGUUAGAUAGUCUCCUGGGAACGAAGCAUGUGGACAGCGCAGCCCUCAUCAAACUACAUGAGCGGAGCGUGUGUGUCGCAUCGCCAGGAUUUAGUCUAAUGCCCAGUGAUGUCCGAACACUUGUGAAUGGAUUUGCCAAAAACCCUUUGCAAACCCGCAGAGAAGGGUUGUAUUUCAAGGAGAAGGAUUAUAAAUGUGUCCGGGCAGAUGACUAUUCUCUUUAUGCUAAGAAUGACAACAGAGGUGUGAUUGUUGUGAAGACCCAUCUGUUUCUUCUGGUGGCCACUUAUAUUGAGGGAAUGUAUCCAAGUGUCUGUGUAGAAGCCACAGAGAAACUGGAUAGAAUGCUAGCUGUGUACUUCGACAAUCCUGGGGGACCAGAAAAUCUCUACAUAAAGGAGGUGCCCAAACCGAUCCCCGGGGAGGGUGAAGUCCUUCUGAAGGUGGCUGUCAGUGCCCUGAACCGCGCGGACUUAUUCCAGAGACAGGGCCAGUAUCACCCACCCCCAGGAGCCAGCAGCAUUUUAGGACUUGAGGCAUCAGGAUAUGUGUCAGAGCUGGGGCCUGGCUGCCAGGGGCACUGGAAGAUUGGGGACCCAGCCAUGGCUCUGCUGCCUGGUGGGGGCCAGGCUCAGUAUGUCACUGUCCCUGAAGAACUCCUGAUGAGCAUCCCAGAGGGACUGACCCUGCACCAGGCUGCUGCCAUUCCAGAAGUUUGGCUCACCUCCUUCCAGCUGUUACAUCUUUUGGGAAAUGUACAGGCUGGAGAAACUGUGCUAAUCCACGCAGGGGCAAGUGCUGUGGGCACAGCUGCCAUCCAACUCACCCGGAUGGCUGGUGCUAUUCCUCUGGUCACAGCUGGAUCCCAGAACAAGCUUCAAAUGGCAGAAAAGCUUGGAGCAGCUGCUGGAUUCAAUUACAAAGAACAGGAUUUUUGUGAAGCAACACUGAAAUUUACCAAAGGUGCUGGAGUGAACCUUAUUCUAGACUGCAUAGGAGGAUCCUACUGGGAGAAAAAUGUCAACUGCCUGGCUCUUGAUGGUCGAUGGAUUCUCUACGGUCUGUUGGGAGGAGAAGAUGUCAGUGGGCCCCUGUUUUCAAAGCUAUUUUAUAAACGAGGAAGUCUGAUCACUAGUCGGUUGAGAAAUAGGGACAAGAAGUACAAGCAAAUGCUGGUGAAAGCGUUCACAGAGCAAAUUCUGCCCCAUUUCUCCAAGGAGGGACCCCAACGUCUCCUGCCAGUGCUGGACAGAGUCUACCCAAUGGCUGAAAUCCAAGCCGCCCAUGAGUACAUGCAGGCUAACAGGAACGUGGGCAAAAUCGUCCUGGAAUUGCCCCAGUGAAGAAGGGGGCGAUGCAGGACACCCGUCACCCCGGGCUUUCCCAGAGUGAACUUGGAGAGAAUGCUCCUCCCAAGUCCUCCUCGUCAAUUGAUCGUGUAAAGCUGGUCUAAGUAAAUAAAGAGUGGACUUGAA